UUGGCAGGAGUGACCAGAAUAAAAACAGCAACACCAGACACAGGAGAGAGGGAGAAAAAAAAAGCGCAAUGAUCCAUCGAAACGCAGGCUUUGCCCUUUCUUAAUUACGUUGCAUCCAGUGUCUUUGCAUUCCCCCCCGCCUCCCUUCCUUUUUUCCCCCCUUUUCCGAGACGUUUUGUGAAGUGGUAAUUAGCUCUAGGAGAAUAAAACCAGCUGAUUUGGAUCGGGCUGGUGCAUUUUGGGGCGAGAUGGCUAACAGGAUGGUUGCGCUGCUGCUUCUCGGCUCGCUGCUUCUCACCCUGCUGCAGCCUUCCCUACAGGGAGGAGUGUAUGUGCCUGCUGGUACUGGAGUCGGAAUUCCAGGUGGAGGUGUGGCGCCAGGUACUGGACUUUUCCCAGGCGGUGCUGGGGUCCCUUACAAACCUGCAAAAGCUGCAGCAGGUGGAUACGGGACUGGAGCAGGAGGCCUUGGCGCUGGUGGACUUGGUGCCGGUGGACUUGGUGCCGGUGGACUUGGUGCCGGUGGACUUGGUGCUGGUGGACUCGGUGCUGGUGGACUCGGUGCCGGUGGACUCGGUGCUGGAUUAGGUGCAGGAGGUCUUGGCGUAGGAGCUGGAGGAAAACCGCCUAAACUAGGUUAUGGAAACUUAGGAGCAGGUGGCCUGGGCACUGGAGGAUUCAGACCUGGAGCUGGUUAUGGUGGAUAUGGUGGUGGAUUUAUUCCUGGAGCAGGAGUUGGUGGACUGAAACCUGGGAAAACAGGUGCUGGAGGCCUCAAGCCUGGAAAAGGAGGGCCAGGUACUGGAGGGACGGUACUGGGUCCUGGCGCUGGGGGCACUGUACCUGGCAGUGGGCCUGGACUCCCUGCUGGAGCUCCAGUCAUUCCUCAGACUGGUCUCCCAGGUGUGGGUCCCGGUGGGAAAGCUGCAAAACCAGGAAAGGCACCAGUGCCAGGAGUAGGAGUGCCAGGAGCCUUUCAAGGUGGACUUGUACCUGGACAAGGGUUUAGUGGCCUAGGUGUGCUUCCAGGUGUAGCAACAGGAACAGGACUUAAGCCAAAAUCAGGUACUGGUGGUGGGCCAGGCCUGAUGCAACCAGGGGUCUUUCAUGGAUACCCUCUCAAAUCUCCAAAAACCCCAGUGUUCACAAAUUUUCAGCCUCAUUACGGACACAACUACAUGCACUUCUAUGGGCACAAUCCAAUGGUUAUAUAUGGUGGAUCCCCUUAUUCUGGAGGCAAAAUUCCAUAUGGUUAUGGUGGCUUUGGUACUGGUGCAGGAUUACCUGGUGGCAAAGGAGGAGCUGGCUCUAAGCCAGGCUACCCCACUGGCACUGGUAUGGGGAACUUGGGUGUCUCAGCUGCACAAGCCAAAGCUGCUAAGUACGGUGGAGCUGGCUUAGGUGGGGUUGGAGGCCUUCCUGGGGCCGGCUUAGGUGGGGUUGGAGGCCUUCCUGGGGCCGGCUUAGGUGGGGUUGGAGGCCUUCCUGGGGCCGGCUUAGGUGGGGUUGGAGGUGUACCUGGAGCUGGUGGACUUUACCCAGGUGUUGGAGGUGUAGGUGGUCUUACACCCGCUCAAGCCAAGGCUGCUAAAUAUGGUGCCGGUGCUGGAUUAGGUGGAGCUGGAACUGGUGUUGGUUUAGGUGGAGUUGGAACUGGUGCGGGUCUUGGUGGAGUUGGAACUGGUGCUGGUCUUGGUGGAGUUGGAACUGGUGCUGGUCUUGGUGGUGUAGGACCUGGAGUAGUUUACCCUGGAACAGGAGUCGGUGCAGGAGGACUCACCCCUGCUCAGGCUAAAGCUGCUAAAUAUGGUGCUGGAGCUGGGUUAUUUUUGGGAGGUGUAGGUGGAGUCCCAGGUGGAGUUCUGGGUGGAGUUUACCCUGGUGUAGGAGGUACAGGGGGAGGCUUUGUACCAGGAACUGGAGGAUUGUUUCCUGGAGCAGGAGGUCUUACACCUGCACAGGCCAAAGCAGCUAAAUAUGGAGCUGCUUUAGGUGGAGCUGGAACUGGCUUGGGUGGUGGUGGUGUACCAGGUGCUGGAGGAGUUUACCCUGGAGCAGGAGUUCUCACACCUGCUCAAGCCAAAGCUGCUAAAUAUGCUGCUGCUGCUGCUGCUGCUGCCGCUGCUGGUGGUGGUGGUGUACCAGGAGCUGGAGUUUAUCCUGGAGCAGGAGUUAUCUCACCUGCUCAAGCCAAAGCAGCAGCUAAAUAUGGUGCUGGUGCUGGUACUAGAAUUGGCAGUCUCGGUGGAGUACCCGGAUUCGGAGGCCAAGGUGGAGGAUACGCUGCUGCGAAGGCUGCGAAAUAUGGUGUCCCAGGUGGUGUUCCAGGUGGUGUGCCAGGUGGCCUGCCAGGUGGCCUGCCAGGUGGCCUGCCAGGUGGCCUGCCAGGUGGUGUUCCAGGUGGUGUUCCAGGUGGCAUUCCAGGUGGCGUUCCCGGAGGAUAUCCUGCUGGUGUGAAGCCACCGAAAUUUGGUCCUGGUGCUCUUGGUUAUGGAGUUCCUGGUGGAUUGACGAUACCUGGAGGAGGAACAGGUACAGUGCAAGGAGUCGUUGGAGGAACAGGUGGAAUCCCAGGAACGGCCACAGGAGUUGGAACCUAUCCUGGUGGAGUUAAGCCUCCCAAAUAUGGUACGGGGGUUUUAGGAGGAACAGGGGGAGUACCGUUGCCUGGAACUGGAAUUGGAACUGGAGUAUAUCCUGGUGGAGUUAAGCCUCCUAAAUAUGUUCCAGGGACUGUUUUGGGAACAGGGGUAGCACCAUUGCCUGGAACUGGGACUGGAGGAGUACCGUUGCCUGAAACCGGAGGAUAUCCCGGAGGAGUCAAGCCUCCUAAACCAGGUGUACCAAGUACUGGCAUUACUGGAACAGGUGUUGUGGUACCUGGAGCUACACCCGGUGGUGGUGUUUUGCCAGAUGGGGCUGGACUAAUUGUUCCAGGUGGCACAGGAUUACCUGUGAAACCAGCAAAGGGACCAACUCUGCCCCCUGGUGGAACUAUUGGUCCAGGACCGACGGCUAGUGUUGAAUCUGGCAAGCCGCCUAAGCCCAGCACAGGAGAAAUACCUCAAGCUGGAGUACAGCCUGGUGCUGUUGUUAAACCUCCAAAGACCGGUGGUGCAGGUCCGAUACCGUACGGCGGAUAUGGUCCUUAUCGUGGUGUUGCUCCAGUAGGAACUGGAGUUCUCCCAGGAGCCAAGCCAAUUACAGCGCCAGGUGUUAGUUAUCCUUCUGGCAUUGGCCUUGGACCAGGUGGAGCUGGUGGGAAACCACCCAAACCAGGCUAUGGCUCAUUGGGCACUGGAUAUCAGCAAGGUGCCAUUGCUCCAGGAACUUAUGGAGGUUAUCCACAGGCUUAUCCAGGACUGGGACUGUGGCAGUAUUGCAAGAUGGCAGGAGGAUAUGGGCCCGGGCUGUCACCUCAACAAGCUAAAGCUGCCAAAUAUGGAACACUUCAAGGAUUCCUGGGUGGAGGCUACAGAGGUGGCGCAGGGUGCCAAGGCAAAUACUGCGGCAGGAGGAGAAAAUAAAACACUCUCUUGGGACGUGAAAUGACCUCAAGAAACAAUGGAUAUGUUUUUUUUUUCUCAAGAGAAGCUGAGGAAAAAGGAUGAACAUUCCAGCUGUUCAUGUGGCACAUUCCAACAUGUUGCUGAUGUCUCUUUUAUUGUAGAUAGGGACACCAAACUAAAAGAAACGAAAAGACCAGUUUCAGGUUCAUUAUUUGUCAUUUGUAGACAUUUGAGGCACUUAUUUCUUCUUCUUUUUAUUUUUUCUCGGAAGAUUUUGAAAGACAAAAGCCAUGAUGUUUCCUUUUUGAUGGUGCUAGCAUUGGUGGAAUGACCUUGUGUAACAGAAUUGGUUCAUAAGUUUUGCAUUUGAUAGCUAAUGUCCUUUAUUCCUGUUUGUUCAUAUUUAUAGGUGAUGGACUUUUGUGCCUAAAUAAUAAAAAAAAUGGUUGUGCUCCAUUUUUUCUUUUCUUUUUUCUUUUUUUUACGCCUGUGCUCCAAACAAACCAAAAACAUUCAACUAAAAUGUCAGUGGCAUUUUUUGUACUCCUGAUAAACCUUUCCAAUCUUUCAAAUAAAUAAAUAAAUAAAUAAAAUAAAAUAAUAAAACAAUGGAUAUUAGUUUCUAUUCGCUAUUCAGAAAAUUUCAAUCAUAAUUCCAUUAAAUGGUCAUGAGGAAACCUACAGAAUGUGACUCUGGGGAUAUGUAUCCUCAUAUUUCAUCUACACUGACUAGAUCUAAAAGCAGGUCAAAAUCCUGAAUGAAUUCUGGCUACAAAACCAUCAGCAGUUGAAUUAUUGGUGGAUAUGAUUGAGGCUGUAUUGUGCAUAUUUUUUGCUCAUCUAUGAAACAGUUCUGCAAAAGACCUAGUGGUACCUGAAAAGUGUUUUCUAGCAUAUGAUAAGUCCAUUUUAUAUAUAUAUAUAUAUAUAUAUAUAUAUAUAUAUAUAUAUAUAUAUAUAUAUAUAUAUAUAUAUAUAUAUAUAUUGAGUGCUGACUUGCUAAGACUCUGUUGCUAAAGACGCAAACGUGGAAGCUGAAGAAUUUACAAAAAAGAGAAAUAAUCGUGCCGGUUUUACAAUCGACUAGUUUUGAACCUGAAAUGACACUUCGAACAUUCCUUAAACAUGCGGGAAUUGGUGCUUCCAUCACUUGAUCUACAGACGUUUAACCCCUUUUAUAUUCAAAGAAUUUGCUAUUAUAUAUCGUAUGCAUUCAGUAUGACGGCUCAUGUAACUGCAGGAUAAAUUUGUUGCUUUUGUUGCUGUUUCGUUUGCACCAUGUGAACUUGACCUUGACCUUGACAUUAUUACCGAGUUUGUACACAUGCUACCAAAAUAUUGUUUUCUGUUUUGUUUUGCUUUCAGUAGCUUAUGCAUUUUAGUCACUGUGGAAAUCUGUAAUACUGUAUAAGAUUUUUUUUUUUUUAAAUAUGUGAGCUGUGUGUCUGCGAGUUAAAGCGUGUGUGUGUGUGUGUGUGUGUGUGUGUGUGUCUGUGAUAAUCCCUGGUGUGUGUUGAUAUGUCUAAUUUUUUUUUUGUUUGUUUAAUUGACUAAGCUUCUCUUAAUAAGCGUCACUAGCCAGUGUAUUACCCAUCUAAUAUUAAAUUAGUUCUUCUUACUGAUUAAUAUUUCAUGUCGUUGGUAACACGUACUGUUUCAAGUUCAUCCGAAAUGUGUGUUUCUUACCUGGUGCUGUGUUUGACCUGUCUGUGGUCAUAUAUGUCUAAUGUGCCGUGUCAUUUCCAUCUAAUUUAAAUAAAGAGGUGGGGCUAUUGCACUUUUUCCCACGGCACACAUAUGACUUGUUCCAGGAAAUCUGGGCCUUUUUACUGCUUUAGUGAAAAUGAAAUAAACCGUUCUGAAACGAAAA